CGCCAUCUUCCCCGCUGGCCCCAGGGCGCAGGCGCGGCUCCGCUGGGCUCCGGGAUCGGUCAGCUGAGCCGCUGGGCGGUGCGCGGCCGCUGCGCUGGCUUUUGUCACGCGAGAGCGCCGCUGCCGCGAUUGCUCCUCCUGCCUGUUGCUGGCAGGCGCGGGGGCGGACGCUAUGGCGGCUCGCGGGGCUUCGUGCCUGGUCUGGUGCCUCCGCCCGGUCGGGGCCAGCGGCGACUGGCUCCUGCUGGAGGCCGGCACGCAGGUAACUAUAGGCCGAGGAUUAGAUAUCACAUACCAGCUGGUGUCAAAAACCUGUCCCUUGAUGAUCUCUCGUAAGCACUGUGUUUUCCAGCAAAAUGCAGAAGGGCAGUGGACUGUCAAGGAUAACAAGAGUCUAAAUGGAGUCUGGCUUAACAAACAGCGCCUGGAUCCCUCAAAAGCCUAUCCUAUUGCUGAAGGAGACCGUAUACAGUUGGGAGUGCCUUUGGAAAACAGAGAGACUGCUGAAUAUGAAUAUGAAGUAAUUAAAGAGGAAUGGGAGAAAAUCAGACCCUUUUUAGCCCAAAGGAAUGACCUAUGGAAAGCUAAGAGUUCAAGAACUAAACGUAAAUUUAGUUUGGAGGAAUUGGAGACAUCUGGAUCAGAAGGCCCUUCAAACUCCAGAUCCAAAAGAGACAGAGUGUCCUGUGAUAAAGAAUUUUUGCGUAAGUCAUGGGGAAGGGUGGAAGAGGCCAAACAGUUAACAGAGAAGAUGGAUGUCAAGCUGCCUUCUCCUGGACCAAGUGAGGAGGAUAGUGGUCCAGUGCAUAGUGGCCCUGUGCACUCUGAGAAAGUGUCUGUCCCCCAUAAGGACCAGAAAGGCUCUGGCCUUGCACAGUCAUGGACUGGCUUGGAAAUGCUGAGGAAAACCCUAGUAGCUAUAAUGAAGCUGAAGAUGAAAGUGCAGGAGAAGCAGACGGAAGUUCUGAAUAUGAAGCAGAAGCGCAGGAAGUGUGCUCAGAAGGAGAUCCUGGCAACGGAGCAGGAGCUGCGGGAGUUGCAGGACCAGCUGUGCACGGAACAAGAGCAUCAGCAGCAGCAGGUGGAAGAGCUGGAAAGGACAUUCUUUAAAGAGCAGCAGAAGCUAGAGGGUGUAAAGCGGCAACACGGGGAAGAGAAUCUGAAGGAGCAGCUGGCGCAGGUCCUGCAAGAGCAUCAUGCUUUGAUGGAAGAAUUGAGCCGUAUUAAAAAAGAUUUUGAGGAGAUAAUCCGAGCCAAGAAUAAAGAACUGGAAGAAACCAAGGAGGAGAAGGAAAAGGUGAGAGCCCAAAAAGAAGAGGUAUUGAAUCAGAUGAACGAUGUGUUGGAGAAUGAGUUGCAGUGCACAAUCUGUUCUGAGCAUUUUAUUGAGGCGGUCACUCUCAACUGUGCGCACAGCUUCUGCUCCUACUGUAUCAAUGAGUGGACAAAACGUAAAGUGGAAUGCCCCAUCUGCAGGCAGGAGAUCAAAUCAAAGACACGCUCUCUGGUGCUGGAUAACUGCAUUGACAGGAUGGUAGAAAAACUGGAUGUGGAAAUGAAAGAGCAUCGCCUGACUGUUAUCAGAGAGCGGAAAGGUGAGAGAGAUACAGAAUGUGUUGGUGAAACCAGCCACAGACAAUGACAGCAGUGUAAAUUCUUCCAUCUACUCCAUCUUGUCGAUGAGCAGUUGUGACAGCGAGGACUCUGAGGAGGAUUCUUACUAUAAUGAAAGCUACUAUAUUAUCUAAACACUCUUACUGCAGACUUGUUUGCCUGUGUGCUGCCCAGAACCAGCCUAAUGGUGUUUGGUUGACUACUGCUGGAUGAGUGGACUGGACAUCUGGAAGGAGAGACUCCAUGAAGAGGCUGGAGCUAACCACUAGCAGCACUUAGAAGAAGGACUUUUUUUUUUUUUUUUUUUUUUUUUAAAAAAUGAAUGUAUAUAAGUUUGAUCUUCAAAAUGAAAUUGGGAUUGUGGGAGAACAAACAGCUGUUAUGCUAGAUGGUUGACAUACAAAACCUAGGCUUCCAUGAUCACUUGUGACCUGCUCAGUGUAAUGUAAUAGUUUGUGUGCAUCACUGCCCUUUCCUUAGUGAAUGACAUGUUUAAAUGUGUACAUCAGCUUCCCUUAUUUCAGGCAGCAAUGGGAAUGGCCCAAGCUAUUAGAGAACUCUGCCAUCCCCACCAGCAGGCAGGAAAAAGUGCCAGUAUGGGUUUUCCUCUUGAAUUUCAUACAAUAGCUAAAGUCGUCCCAGGCCUCUGGCUGUAAAAGUAAUAAAGGGUGGGUUAUGGACCCUGUCAGCCUUAAAGCGCUUAAAUGCAUUGUGUAAGCUGAGCUGCUGGCCAUCAGUUUGCCCCAGUUGAUCCUACUCAUUUUCUGUUAGAUAGGGGCGGCAAAGAUUAAAUCUUCCAGAAUUCUGUAGCUAGUACUUUUUUCAUAUAGUAUCUUUAGUUUGUUCCCUCUUCAGGCUUUUGCAUAAAGAGGUUUAGAACUGGGAAGCGGCGCACUCAGAAGUUCCUAGCAAUGACAUUAGAAAUCCAUAUAGUUCAUCAGCAGCAGAGAGGAACCUCUGCCUCUUCAGAAGUGCUGCUGGCUGAAUUAGUGAAAUGCCCUGUUGGCAGUGUAGGAAAGCAGCAUCUGUAGGCAACCACAAGACAUGGAAGGAAGCAUUUCAUUUUACUGUUUACAAAAUACUGCUGUUGAGCUGUGGGUUGUGCUGCCCUCACAGCAAAUCACUCAUCCCUAAGAGACUGAGCGAGUCUUGCCUCAUCCUUCACAAAUUUAUCUAUGAAAUUUCAUUUUCAGUGGCAUAUGCUUUUGACUUAGCUGUUAUGUGGGAAAGACUUUUACACUGUGAGAAGAGGAUGGGGGAAGGCCUUCUCAUCUGUAAUAUUUCUUUGGCUAUUUAUGUACUUUCUUGUUUCUAUGUUUAUUUUAAAAAGGAAAACAUAAAUCCAUUUCUGCAUUAGUCGUC